AUGCCUCUCCGCCUCCAGAUGACAUGUCCAACAACUCAGCGCACGUUUAUGAAGGACGUGCAGCAGCUGUACAGGACAAUCGACGACUCCACUGGUGGUCAGGCAUCCAUCAUCGCGGUCGAUGAGAUGACGGUCAAAGUUUCUCUGCGUCCCAAAUCCGGCUACAACGCACAUGCAGAAUUCCUGCUUACUAUCAAGUGUGGCACCACCUAUCCCAAGGAGAGUCCUGAUGUUUCCUUCCACUCACCGAUAUUUCAUCCAAACAUCGCGCCAUCAUCUGGUUAUAUAUGUUUAAGCCUUUUCGACGACUGGCGAAGCUGCUACAAUCUGCUAGAUUUGGUGAAGGCGGUGCUCUAUCUCAUCGACCACCCCGCCUUUGACUCGCCCAACAACGACUUCGGUACAGUCGAUGAUCCUGCACAACUGCCCACGAUGACAACGCGUGUGCUGGCUGGUCUGCCAGUCAAGGGACGCCGCUUCCCGCCAAACACCGCGUGGGUCAAGUGGGCUCGUGAAAACGGUUGUCUGCCCACUGAAGAAGAGCAGUUGGAGGAGGCUGAGGACGCGGUGGGGAAAAGAGACGAAUUGGACCAGAAAGGCCAUGAGGCAAUUGAUGGUUCUGACAAUACUACUGACUCAGAAAAUAGGUUGCCCAUCUUGGAGACAAUUUAUGCACCCUCAGACGCCACAUCUGAUACCGUGCCAUCCUUUGCAAAAAUUCGCUGCUUGUUUGAUCCUGAACAGGAAAGCAUUUUUCGGGGUUCCUAUCUAGGAUGCUGGACACCGUUUGAAGUUGAAUCACAGCGGGUUCUUAUUUGGCAUCCCAGCAAUGACCACAGCAGAGAUAGUUACACUCUGUUCUACUUUUUUGAAUUUCUGGGAACUGAUCAUCAUCGCAAUGAAUUGGGGGAACAUUACAACACUCUCUUUAUUGGCAAUGUCUUGCGUGAGUAUCAGUCUCACCCAGAAUCGCGACAAACAUCCAGUAAUUGUCCCUGCUACGGUUCUUAUCUGGACCUUGGCAAUAUGUUCAAAAUUGACGAAUCAGUUAAACGGACGUUGACUGCGGACUUUUGUCCUUGGUCAGCGCAGGAUGGUAGAGGAAUAAAUGCUCUGUUCAGUAGUUUGUACUUUGAGAGCGUACGACAUAGAGGGAGCAUCACAUGCUUUUUGGAUGGAGACAGUGACGAUAACAGUGGAAGUCAAGGUAUUGGGCAUCUCUUUGACUCCGGCUAUUUGGAUCACGAAGAUGUUGUCGAGGUAACCACUGAAUUAUCUGACGUCAUGCUGCCACAGUCAGAUGCUCGAAGUGAAAUCUCCGAUCAUGUGGGUCAAAUGAAUUUGGAAUGCGAAGUCACACCCACAGAAGAACAAGACACUAAUGCCAUUGAGCCUGGUAAGAAGUGCAAAGAACCAUCUUCAUCUGUCUCAUCUUCAAAUUACAAGGACGUGUGUGUACCCUACCCCCUAAUAACAGACUGUUUGGAAUGUCGAUCCGAAUACAAUUACUUAAGAAAAUCUAUUAAUGGUGGUCUGGCUCCAGUGUGGAGGUGGUUUUUUCGCAGUACGCGAUGGUCCAUUCGGUUUGCUCCGCAGCAGAUUGUAGACCUCUCAAUGACAGGUAUCCGAAUUCCACCAUGGCGAGCCAGUUUGGGUCGAAUGAUGUCGGAUAUUUGUCACUUUUGCGCCAAGAAUCAUGGCAUGAAGAAUCUCGUUCUCCUCGACCCCAUGGCACUCUCGCCACUUUCGCCUCUGCUCAAUCUGAUGCGGUACCGUGAGUUACCCAGUCCUCGGCUCACUGGUGUUCUCUGGAUGACGCCGCUCAACGCUCUCUCGCCCUUUUACCGCGUGCCCAGUCCCGUCGAGGAAGAGCUGCAGGAGAGUGAGCUCGAUGGAUGCGAAGGAAGAGACGGUGCCUACCCCACACCAUCUGUCUACGAUUCCUUGCCGUCACAACCCUGGCAAUCAACUGGGUGGCAUGGUUGUCACGAGUGGAGAGCUACGCGGCCCUCGCCUUUCAGCCUAGGCUGCGGUCAGGCUCCUCUCGUGGACCUCUGGCCAUUGUGGUUGCUUCGCCGCCUUCUCACCCUCUCUCUCAGACUGUCCUACCUGCCAUUCGCCCACGGCCACGGCAGUCAUAACCAUCUGCGAUAUCUCUUCCCCUUCUCCGACCUCGACGAGAUUUAA